UGGUGUAAGCAGAAAGGCGCUGGUCAUAUGCUGAGCUGUCUGUCCUCUGAUCAACUUCUACAUUUCUUUGGCAGCACAUUUGAGGAAGAUCAUGAAGAGAAGACUUCUGCUGGUAUCUAACUCCACACUUCAUGGAGGAGGAUAUCUUCAACACUGUGAGCAGCACAUCCAAGACUUUUUUGGAAAAGGAGUAAAGAGGAUCCUGUUUGUCCCAUAUGCACUGCAUGAUCGAGAUGCCUAUGCCAAGACUGCCAGAGACAAGUUCAAGACAUUGGGCUAUGAGGUGGACAGUGUCCACGAGACACCAGACCCUGUGGAUGCUGUUAGGAAAGCUGAAGGAAUAUUCAUUGGUGGCGGCAACACGUUCCGCCUGCUGAAAGCUCUCUAUGACAACAAUGUGGUCACUGAGAUUAGGAAGAGAGUUUUACAGGAUGGAAUACCUUACAUGGGAUCAAGUGCAGGCACCAACGUCUCCACCAUCAGCAUCAACACCACCAAUGACAUGCCCAUCGUCUAUCCACCCACUUUUGCUGCCAUUGCUUUAGUGCCCUUCAACAUUAACCCUCACUUUCUGGAUCCUGAUCCCAACAGCAGACACAUGGGUGAAACACGUGAACAGAGAAUCACCCAGUACCAUGAGGAGUCGGACACACCAUGUGUGCUGGGUCUUCGGGAAGGCUCAAUGCUUUUAGUGGAAGGAAACAAAGCCACCUUACUUGGAAGCACAAAUGCACGACUAUUCCAUAGAGGGAAGCAAACCACAGAGUAUGAACCGGGAAGUGAUCUCAGCUUCUUACUGACAGAUGUACAAUGAGUUGCGACAUAAUGCACAAUGCAAACAUUUUACAAUAAAUACUGUUAAAAAAAAUUCUUCAUCUUUCAACUU